GCGUUUCGCUCAACGCCAACGUCGUUCAUCCAUUCCACUGUUUUGUCGCCGUCGUUUAGCACAGCGAGCACGUUGAAUUUAGCAUAAUCAAGAUGUCUACUACAAGACUGCACCAUCAUCCGUCUCUCCCCGCCCCCGUCGUCCACGCUGGCUUCUCCGCCCACCAGUCCAAGUCCCAUGUCCUCGCCGGCGUGCAGGACGCGUACUGGAGCGACGAUGACGCCGAUGACGCAGAUUGUCCCCUCUGUCUCGAAGAGAUGGAUAUUUCAGACCUUAAUUUCAAGCCGUGUGUUUGCGGGUACCAGAUAUGUAGAUUCUGCUGGCAUCAUAUUAAGCAGAAUCUCAAUGGCCGCUGCCCUGCAUGUCGCCGUGAGUACUCCGACGAUGCCGUUCAAUUUAAACCUAUUGCGAAAGAAGACCACAAACGCCUGACACAGCAGAAGAAGCAACGUGAACGUGAGCGCAAAGAACUUGACGCCCUCGGUAGGCGCCAUCUCGCCAAUGUCCGCGUCGUCCAGCGCAACGUUGUUUAUGUCGUCGGCAUCGGUCCUCGGUUUGCCAAGGAGGAGCUCAUCCCCACCCUUCGCUCGAAUGACUACUUCGGGCAAUAUGGCAAGAUCUCCAAGAUCCUCCUUGUCAAGCGCACCUCUUCAGGGGGCGGUGCACCCAUUGUAGGACUCUACAUUACAUACCAUCGGCGCGAAGAUGCCGCACGUUGCAUCUCAACCGUUGACGGUGCGCCAAGCCCAGGAGGAGGCCGAGAGGUCAUGCGUGCAAGCUAUGGGACAACCAAGUACUGCAUGGCAUUUCUCCGCGGUGUGUCAUGCACUGAUCAUACCUGCAUGAAUCUGCAUGAAUGGGGAGAUGAGAAAGACUGCUUUACAAAGGAAGACCUGACGACAUUGAAGCAUACCAUUAAGGAUACAGAAAGCAGGGGGACGAAGAACGGGGAUGGCCUCCCGCGCACAGCAGCAUGGGCCAAACCUACCACUCCAACGCCCAGCAGUACGACAUCCACUGUUCCCAUUGCUCAGCGUUCCCGGCGCGGUGGUCAGCGGCAGGCUCGCACCACACGCCCACAGCAUGAUCGCAAGACUGGCUCAGGCAGUACGAAAACACCCUCCAUCGCAUCUUCAUCUCGGCCCCCGACGCCUGCUGUCUCUACGCGCCCCGCGUCGCCUCCUGAGGUCAAGACCCUCCGGGCCAAGGAACCGGCACCGUUUCCGCCGACGUCGCCCUCCCCGUCAAUGGCAAUCGACUCGGAUGAUGUAGGCUCCGGCAGUCCACCCAGUCCGCCACGCCCACGCUCCACGGAGAGUGUGGACAGUACACCGGCUGUCCCUGUCUCUCUGCCACCAGGCCUACCGGAUGCCCCACCCGGUCUCCCGCCUCCGACUCGUACACCUAAGGCAGACCCUGCUGUUGCACCAAGUCUCCAUGCACCACAAAUGUCCUCGGGAAGCUACCAAAUAUCUACCGCUGCACAAGCGCUACUUGAUGACGUCAAAGCUCGUCGCGAGGCAGUGCUUUCGAGCACGCAAGUGAGCAUCUUUCCCGAUUUCGACCGUACGCUGCGCAUGCUCUCGGAGAGCGAGGGUGGCUUCAGCUUUAACCUGGACCCAAAGCUUGCGGACGUAAACGUGAAUGCCGAUGGAGAGGCAGUAUUGAGUGCGCUUGAAGCGGAAGCACGUGUACCUUUCGCUGGUGGCUUUAUGGACGCAUUCCCUGCGCUCAAGCCACAAGUACAUCCUCACACGCAUCAAGUGCCAACUGUGUACCCACACAACCCCGCCCGCUCUAUUUAUGAUCCUCUCGCAAUGCGAGAGAAUUAUCUUGGGUCAUUCAACCCGUUCGGAGAGACGGAAGGACCCUCGACUGGUAGCGGUGCACGUAGCUCGCCGUCUUACCCCGAUGAAGAGCGGAAGGUUUCAAGAUUUGGGUUCGCACGGGGUAGACAAGGCUCAACAGCUGCAAGCUCGCCUGUGCACGUGUCGUCCCCCUUGAGCGCGAGUGAGAGCCAUCACUCGUUUUUCACGGCUUCGGAGACUCCAGCGAUGUCGUCGUCGCAUUGGAAUCUUGGAGGACAUGGAGAGUAUGCAGGAUAUGUCACUAGUUCUCCUCUUGUGUCGCAAGCGCAGACGGCGCAGACGCCCCCGCAGCAGCACGUGCAGCCUCAGACGCAACCGAUACGCUUCCAGCCGUUCGACACGAGCGUUAGCGUAAGCGAAGCCCAGCUCCGCGAGUUGAUACAAUCGAGCAGGGAGCGUGCCAGCUCGAUGCAGAUGCAUAACGCUACAGCUGAUCAACUUCAGUACCAGUUUGCGCCUUUCAGUGACCCAGCAAUCAUGUCCGCGCGUUUCGCUUCGCCGGUGUUAUCCUCCGCAAGUCCAUCAAAUGCUGGCACCCCAGCCGUUGCGACCGCAGCACCAACUACCACACCUACGUACGGUCCCCCGCCGGGCCUCGCAUACCCAAAUAUCACUCCUUCCGUUUCGUCCUCACCUUCGCCAGCACCUGCGCUGUCGUCGGCUGAUUUCCCCGCACUGAACGCCGAUGUGUCACCUCCGCCUGACACGCAGCCUGCCGAGCCGCCAUCACCUGCCGAAGUCGGUAAAGAACAAGCCAAAGCAGAGCGCAAGGCUGCGAAGAAGGCGGUGGCGGCGGAGCGUGCACUCGAGCGUCAGAAGGCUGCCCAAGAGAAGGCUGCCGCCAAGGCUGCGGAAAAGGCCCGGAUCGCGCAAGAGAAGGCGGUGGAAAAGGAGAAGCUGGCAAAGGAGAAAGAGGAGAGGGAGAAGUCGAUGAGGGAGAAGGCUGAAAAGGACAGGGUGGAGAAGGAGAGGCUGGCGCAAGAGAAGGCAGCCGAAGAGGAGAAGGCCACCGAGGAAGAGAGGGAGAGGAAGGAGAAGGCCCUGGCUGAGAAGGCUCAGGCGGAAAAGGCAAGGGUACUAUCGCAGGCCAAGGCACAGAAAGCCGCCAAGUCAGCAUCGGCAAUCAAAGUCACUAAGUCUGCAGACUCCUCUUGUCAGGCACCCGCCACUUCUACUCCCAAGCAGUCUCCCGCCCCACCCAAGGGAUCUGAACCCUUCGAACAAGCACCCAUACUGUCCAAGAUGCCGAAGAAAAACAAACCCGUCACUCGUCCAAUCAAAAUCCCAAAGGAGGACGAGAUUGCUGCUGGAGAUGCCUCGGCUACACCAUCAGCGUCGGUUUCCGAGGCUGUCAAUUUCCCACCCCACAAGACCACAAAUACUGUGGUCUCUAGUUCGAACGGCUCGAGAGCACAGUCUGUGGACACGUCCUCUCCUAUAGAACCUACCUCGCUUGUUGAUCUGCUCGACGACAUUGACGUGAAGAAUCCAAGCAUGGAUCUUCCCAACCAUCCGUUCUUCGACAUGACAAAGAUAAAUCCUGCCGCCAAGAUGCCUCUCGAGUAUGGACCUUUAGUGCAUGCGUUGUCUGCACUUUCUGUGGGCGGAGGGUCAUUCGCUACCAAUAUGCCUUCGGGCUCCAUCGAUAACGCCGUGUCCUCAUUCCAGCAGCUUUUGGAGACACUGACACAAACCAUCUCUGACCUCCUGCGCCUGCUUCCUCGGACGACGUGGGACGACAGUUCUUCAUUUGAUGGCGUACUUCGUGACAUGCUCAAGGGUGAUGAUUUCUUGGAUGACGGUGGUGAUGAUGCAGCUGGCAAAGAAGACGAAGUCGCUGCCUUGACGCUUGCCCUUGAGCGUCGAGCCCGUUGGAUGGAGGUGCAGCUGUCCAAGCUUGAGGAACUCCAUCGUGACAUCAACACUGCUGCCGUACGCGCUGUCCUCGCAUUCAACGACAGUGGCUGGGAUCGUCACAUUUUCAUGCCUCGGGUUGGCAACACCCUCCGCCGCUUCGACAAUAUUGGCAUGGUAGAGCAGGGUGGCAAGAUGAGGCCCAUGACAGUGGACGAGCUAGAGAAGAAGCUGCAGGUUGCGAAAGAAGCUGCCAUAUUUGCGGAGACUGAGUUUCGGGAAGCGAUGGAGAAAAUGCAAGCUGUAAAGCCCGUGGAAGUUGACGACUACUGAAUAGUUCAUAUGGUAGUUUGACUGGUCGUAAUGAGCAUUUGGCUUGCGCACGGAAAC